AAACAUGGACAAAGGUGUUACUCAAGUUGCUGCUCUUGGUCGGCCUUUUACCUUAGGCAUGCUUUAUGAUGCUAGCAAAGAUCAAAUCAUCCCAGGUGUCACUCUGUGGGAUGAAUCGACCCUACAACACAUGAUUAUGGAAAAUUCCCAGCAUAGCAGUGAUUUUAAAAUCACCUCCUCCGAUUCCUUGGACAUGAAGUCUAAUCUGCUGGAUGUGAAUGCCUCUCUAAAAGCCAGUUUUCUGGGCGGUCUGAUUGAAGUCGGAGGAUCUGCAAAGUAUCUGAAUGACAAGAAGAAAUCCCACAAUCAAAGCCGCAUAACCUUCCAGUACAAAGCCACCACCACUUUCAAGCAGCUGAACAUAUCGGCUGAUGAAAUGAAGAAGCAGCUGAAGAUUGCUGAUGACAUGAAGUGUUUGGCCACUCAUGUUGUCACUGGUAUCCUUUACGGUGCAAAUGCAUUCUUUGUGUUGGACAGUAACAAGAUGGACACGAAAACCCUUCAGAAGAUUGAGGGCAACCUCCAAGCUACUAUAAACAAGUUCCCCAGAAUAAGCGUGAGUGGAGAAGUUGACAUCAAACUGUCUAAUGAAGAACAAGCUGUGGCUGACGCAUUUUCCUGCACAUUCUAUGGAGACCUGAUUCCAGAAAAAAACCCUACAUCAUUCCAGGAUGCACUGCUGACUUACGUCAAUCUCCCAACUCUACUAGGUGCAAAGAAAGAGCACAGUGUUCCACUGAAGGUCUGGUUGAUGCCUCUGAAGAAUUUUGAUCCAUCAGCUUCCGAGGUGAAAAUGGAACUGAGUACUGGGCUUUUGGAAAAGGCUCAAAAUGCCAUGGUAGAGCUUCAGAACUUGAAAAUGAGAUGCAAUGAUUGCUUGGCAGACAGCUAUCAAUUCCCGCAGAUUUCCACAAUUUUGUUAAGUUUCAAGCAAAAGUGUAGCACGUACGAAGGGAUGCUUCAAGAUCUAAUUGCAAAGAAGAUUCCAGGCAUCAGGGCAGGAAAGGAAGACGAGAAUGAGCUGUUGAGAAUCUUGGAUGAGAAAGAACAGUCUCCGUUCAAUUCAGACAAAUUAAAUAAAUGGAUGGCAAACAUGGAAAAAGAAGUAAAUGUGAUCAAGUCCUGUAUUAAGGCAAUGGAUGGAACAAAGAUCCUCCCAAAAGAGUCUGACGUUGUUGAGGAGCUUCUGUGCCCCAAAGUAGAGGAUGUCCUCUGCUUCGUUUUUACCUCUCUGGAAAAGUCAGAUCCUUAUCUUCAGAAAAUGGCAGAGUACAUGGAGACAAUGGACAUCAAGGCCACAGGGAAUGUCAGUCCAGCCACUGAGGAAAAAGAAUUAACAAGAAUAAGAGAAAAAUCCACAGAGAUCCGUGAACUUGCGGCAGGUCUGAAGAACGAAGCAAAAUACAGAUUUGUAGUAACAGCCAAGGAAAACAAGAUGUACAAAGGAGCAACCAUCUACCACUACAGGAACGACAGACUGAUCACGGAAGAUUUUAAAAGACUCAAUUUAGUUGGUUUAGAAAAAAUAAAAGAAAUAACAAGAAGAGGAGAUCUCCUGUGGUAUGCCAGCAGCCUCAAUAUGGAUCCAGACACAGCACACCCAAACCUCAUUCUCGAUGGAACCAAGAGUGUGACACACGGAGACAGGCAGUCAUAUCCCGAUAACCACCUGAGAUUUAACAAAGUCUACCAGCUCAUGUUCAAAGAAAGUCUGACAAAGCUCCACUACUGGGAGGUGGAACUGAACAUUGUCAAAGGUAUAGAUAGCGCUGUUGGUAUUUCUUACAAAGGAAUACACAGGAAAGGAGGUUAUAGUAAAUGGACUGCCUUUGGUCAAAAUACAAUGAGCUGGUCUUUGGGCUGGAGGUGGAAAAACCACAGAGGACAACCCAAAUUCUAUAUAGAGCAUAAUGGAACCUGCACGAAAAAACCUAUUCCCAACACCGGCUUGUCCUGUGUUGGCGUGUAUCUGAAUUGUCAUACUGGUUCUUUGUCGUAUUAUGUAGUCAGAGGUGACAAAGUGGAUCACAUUCACACUUUCGAGUUUCUCAAUUUCUCUGAGCCCGUUUACCCAUGUCUGAAAAUUUGCAAGAAAAACGGCUACUUGAAACUGCGUCUGUAAAGACAUUUGGUUCAGUUUGAAACAGAAAAACAUGGCUUAAACAGAGGUGUGAGUAAAGAAAGCAAAAGUUUACUAGGUAAUUUACAACAAUCAAUCAAUCAAUCAAUCAAUCAAUCAAUCAAUCAAUCAAUCAAUCAGUUCCAGACUUCACAUCUCUUUUUUGAGUUUUGAUCAUAAUUUAUGUUUGACCCUCAUGUUGAAAUAGAAUAAGAAUAACUACUGUUUCCAUAGAAACAGUAGUUAGAGUUUUAUUUGUCCCUCCUCAGUAGUUUUUUUACUGUCAUGUUAAAGUGUGACCAUUUUAAAAAGGCCUGUUUGACUAAAAGCUGAGAAUAAGUAAGUGAAGGUGAGAAAAUCUUUUUCUCUCCAGCAGACAGGUUCUGACCUGCAGUCUGUGUAACUGAAUGCAUUCUCUCCUUGCCAUAAAGCAAGUAAUAAAUCUAAAGAAAGUCAUUCUUUUUUGGUGACUUUUCUCUCAGAGAAACAUACAAUAAUUCUUCUUGUAAUGAAGUGGAUGGAACCCCAGUUGGGUUUUCAGGUGAGGGACUUGGCAAGGCCUGGAGUUGCUAUCAAUAAUGGAAUUUGUACUGCAGAUGUUUCUGAAACGGUUCAGACACCAGUAAAACAUUUACCAAUUGCCAAAUAAUGGCUGUUUUUUUUUUUUUGUUUUGUUUUUUUGCUCUUGGAUUGUUUCUGUAAGCAGUAGAUACCCAAAUGAAAGGACAAAAACAGGCAAAAAAGAACAUUUUCGAUAAUAUGUCUCCUUUAUCAUUAACUGUACAACUUUAAAACAAUUACUAUUUUUGCAAUAAAGAACUUCUUGCAUCUUUUUGCUUACAAUUGGAUGAUCUUCAUGUUUUAAAUGCUUUUUUGUUCACUUACCACAUCUAUGGGAUAGAUAACAGUGUAUUGUCAAACAUAAUUGUGACCUUCCAUGAUUUUAUAUAUGAUUGACAUUGGAAAAAUAUAUGAUGUUGCCAUAAUUAUAGAUUUCAUGUUAUGAUUUAUUUAUUUUUUUACUAUUUUACAGCUUUGGUUGGGGUUUAUAGUUUUUGUGGUGCUUGGAAAAACAUAUGAUGUUGCCGUAGUUAUGGAUUUCAUGUUAUGAUUUCUUUUUUUUUUUUUUACUAUUUUACAGCUUUGGUGGGGGUUUGUAGUUUUUGUGGUGUUUGAUAUUCAGUUUUUCCUGUACUUUUGUUAUUACUGAUUCUUAAUGAUUAACAGUUAUGCGUUCUUUAUUAAUUUCCUACACACGUAAUGUGUAUGUUUGACUAGUUUUGAACAACAUGAUUGCUUUUGAAUUUAAAAAGUUAUAUUAUUACUUCAUUCAUGCUACUGUUCUAAUGCUUGUAGUCUAAUGUUUUGAAAUUUAAUAAAAAGAAUGCUGUGAAGUAAAAA